GUACUGACAAAGAAGGAUCAAAGUCUAGAAGAAGUACAUGAGGAAAAUCUCAGGCGCCGCAAAGGCCAGCUGAAUAUUAUGGAGCAACCCGGUCUUGUCAGUACUCCGAAAACUGCCGCAGAAUCGAAGCCAGCUUCACACUCUGAACAGCAUGUUCUUACUCCCCAAGCACUCCCAGUGGUCAAUGCUGAUCAUCUCCAAGCUAAGCCUCGUGAACAAGCAGGUACUGUAUCGGACACUACUGCCAAGGUCCAGAAGGAACAUGCGCCAGUUAAGAGGGAUCUCAAGGAGGUAAAGAAAGAGAAUAGUGUGAAUGAGCACAAGCAGGAGGAGCACAAGAAGGAAGCGAAAGAGAAAGAGGAGCAUAAGAAGGUAAAGAAGGAGGAAGAAGCAAGCGUGACAGCAAAGUCUCAUGGAAACACAAAGAAAGUGACUUCAAAGACAAUAAGCACUAAGAAAUCUGAGAAAAUCAAGCUUGCGUACGAGAAACGAGCUCUUAGACUUGAAAAUAACAUCGUGAAUUGCCUGCAGGUUUCCAGCCCUGAUCUUCUCGGAUUCGGCAGAAUUGAUGUAUCACAGAAAAAUGCUUAUCGAGUUUGUAUCGCUUGCCUAGUGCUCAGCAUAUUUGGUGUGGCUCUCAGUGUUCUUCACCAUUACAUUAAUCUUGCUCCACCUCCGAGAGUAGGUUUUUUUUACGAAUGUGGGACCCCUUUUGUACCAGUAAAACUGCUACCGUAA